AGGGGGGCAGCAGUCUUUGAGCCCGCUCCAAAACAAACACAAGCGGAUGGCUGACUCUCACACGACUGCGGCUAUUUCGUUUCCAUCUGCAGCCGUCUGCUGUGGGAAAGCUAUAAUUAUUCAGCGUGUGGAGUCACUAACUUUACCCUUGCACUCUCAUGUCUGCUUUACACACACAGAUCUAAGAACAUAGAGAGAUACUGUCAACAUACUAGUACAUUACAUGCACAUGCAUGUAUAGACAGCCGACAAGACAUUAACAAGUGUUUGAGUUAUUACUGUGGCACAUAAAACAAACAGCCAACAUGAAUAGAUGCUGUGAUAGACAAGACAGACAGUCAGACAGACAUACAGAGAAACAGAUAGAUAUAUAGACAGAUAGAUAGAGCCUUCAAAUAUUUAUAAUGGCCUGUUGGUUAUGUUAUAUGUAAUGCUGUGAAUUAAACAGUGUCACAUUUCUAAUGUGUGGUGGUUUGCCAUGACAAUAUUAGGUUUCUGUGGCUUAACCGUAUUCCUACAGUCUAAUACUAACAACAGGUGCACAAAACAACACAGUCAAUGACAAGAUGCUACGACACUAUGACACACCCACAAACAUGCUCACACAGGAUACACGCAGAGGAAUGUAUUCGGGGAAGGUUGCUCAGAGACAAAGUAUCAUAAAGAGGCUCGUAGGCAAACAGCUGACAGGUGACAUCCUGUUAUGAUGAUAUAAUAAAUGUGACAUGAUUGCAGCAGUUUGGCAGGAAUCUGACAAAGUUGAGGGGACACGGACGAUCCAGCAGCCACUCUACUGCAGUGUAGAGAGCAACUGCUCCAUGCCUGCUGACUGCAUUCAUGCAGAGGUCAAAUUAAGGACAAACAUCAGACAUACGGUGGGUGUUCAUGUAUGAGAAAGGCUACCAGUCAGUAGAUACUGCCAUAGGCUCCGUCUUCACCAAAAUGAAGGGAGUGGCAUUUACAAAUAUCAGCAAAAAGGAGCGGAUAUGGGAUGUAGCUGAUUAUGUUUUUCCUGAACAGGGUGACUCGUCUUUUGUUGUGAUGACGAACUACAUUGCCACUGUGGGACAGAAACAGGACAAAUGUCCUGAGCUGCCAGAUGGGAAGAACACAUGCAAUUCUGACGCAGAAUGUGAUGAAGGCAAAUACAAACGUAUGGGAAAUGGACACAUGACGGGCAAGUGUAUAAACAAUACUUGUGAGAUCUACUCCUGGUGUCCAGUCGAAGACGACCGUAAAAUACCAGACCCUCCAAUCCUGCUGACAGCAGAAAACUACACACUGUUCAUCAAAAACUCUAUUACCUUUCCCCAGUUCAACGUAGUAAGAAGUAACUUGGUGGAGAGUGUGAAUCAGAGUUACAUCAACAAGUGUUUGUAUCAUCCCAAGACUGAUCCACUGUGUCCCAUCUUCAGACUGGGAGACAUUGUUGAGCGUUCUGGGUUCAGUUUCUCAGAGAUCGCUCGCGUGGGUGGUGCUAUAGGAGUCCUCAUCGACUGGGACUGCAAUCUGGACCUGAAUAUAAGACAAUGCAAACCAAACUAUGAAUUCUAUGGUCUUUAUGGAACGGGGAAAAAUGGGGACAAAGAAGAGAAACCAUCAUUGGGAUACAAUUUUAGAUAUGCUAAAUAUUAUGUGGAGAAUGGGGAGGAAAGGAGAACGCUAAUGAAGGUGUUUGGUGUACGCAUAGACAUCAUUGUCCAUGGACAGGCAGGAAAAUUUGAUAUCAUCCCUACGCUGACGGCCAUAGGCUCAGGAGUGGGAAUCUUUGGAGUGGCAACCGUUGUGUGCGAUAUGCUGCUCCUAUAUUUAGUUCCAAAGAGAGAUUUCUACAAAAACAUGAAAUUCAAGAAUACAGAAAUCUUGGAAGAGAAGCCAGCCUUGCCCCAGUCAAAGACAGAAAGAGAUCUAUCGAAGGAGUGAAGUCAGGAUGGCUGUCAUGAUGAUUGACUACUGCACUGGAGAGAGAGAGAGAGAGAGAGAGAGAGAGAGAGAGAGAGAGAGAGAGAGGGGAGAAAAACACUGGAGCUUCAACAAGACGACUGGGAGACUUGACACAGAACUGUCAGGCAUCACUUUUCCUUUCUAAAUAACACAUCCUUCCCAAACUACAAAGGAAAGACAUUAAUUCACUGUUACAAUUUAAGACAUAACUGAUAUCCACUGAAUGUGAUAAUAUAGAGAGGCUCAGGACUGUAAAGGUACACAAUUGUGUGAGGGUUUUGAGGUGUUUACAAGGUUCCCAAAGUUCUUGGCAUUUGCCAUGUCUGGAUAUGUCACCCAUAUUUAACUUUGGAUAAUGUAUCACCUUAAAAUUGAAAUUGUUAUUUACUAAUAUGCAUUUUGUAAAGGUAUUGUUGUUGUUGUUUUUGUAGCAAGUAAACUGUGAGCCUACAAUUUUUGUGAGAAAUAAAUUUUAGACGGUUAGUCCACCAUAGGGGGUUGAAGCUAACCAGCUCUGAAAGGCAGAAUGGUGAGGGAUUUAGGCUUCUUGUUUUAACUCAUUCACCAAACUCGAAGGUCUGUUAUUUUAUUAUUAUUACACAGCCUUCUGCACUACUUGAUUCUAAUGCAGCAUUCAGUGAUCAAAUAUUUCAGAAAUAGUGACAUAUUCCGACCACUUAGCCAGGAAACUCUUGUGUUCGGUCCCCAAAAUUAUUACUCAAAUCAAUAUUCCAUGCCCAUAUAUUUCAUUCUUGCGUGUCAUACAGUCUUUCUUUAUAACAAAUAACAAAAUAGUUUUCCAUAGAACAAAAUAGUUUGGUCACACUCUAGUUAGGGGUCCAAUUCUCACUAUUAACUUCGACUUUUCCCUCAAUAAACUUGCUGCUUAUUAUUAAUUAGUAAGGUAGUUGUUAAGCUUAGGCAUUGGGUGAAUUAAGGGAUCUAAAAUAUGGUUAUGCAGAAUAAGGCAUUUAUAUGUGCUUUACAAUUAAUAAUAAGCAACCAAUAUGCUAGUAACAUGCACACUAAUAAGCAAGAAGUUGACAGUGAGAAUUUGUCUGUUUUGUAUUUGUUGGAAUUGACCUAAAUUUGAGUUUUUAAUUUACUUUUUUUUUUGUUUUAAUCUUGAACAAUUUUAAAAUCAGACAGCACCAUGAAGGAUUGUUUGGUUUUAUUGUGUACAAAAAUACUAUUUUCCUAUACUAUAGCUACUGUUACACAUUUUAUUAGUAGGUACAUUUCAAUGAUUUUUUUAUCACGUGCAAUUGAAAAUAAUAAUAAAAUCCUAUGUGACAAAACAAAGGAGGAACCCGA